AUGGCUUCACCAACUGAAGCAACGGUUCCCGCCAUCCCGCCAACCUCUUCCUUGGAACCCAGUACCGCCAAUCCAUCACUGGCCGACUCUCCAUUAACAAACGACUCAUCAAGCACAUCUUCGUCCGAUGCAAAUGGAGGAAGCACGCCAGCAAACACCUCUGCUAGUCGUACACCUUCAAUCAAGAGGCCAAAGCUUGGUACUAGAAAGUCUAGCGGUACUAUAAUAGUACCGCGCGAACACCCGCGCGUGGAAUUAAAAGAAGGGGACGAGGUCUUCGACGAGGAUGAUGCAAGAGCAAUGAGUCCAAGGAGGAACAGUGAGGAUUUGGAGAAGAUGAGUCAAGAUGCCAGAGCGCAACUCAACGAACACGCUAAGCUUCUUCAACAAUCUCUCCUCGAAAUAUUUAAUCGAAUCGAAGCUGUCAAAGAGGAGCACGAUAAACUCGAUAACAACAACAAAUUCUUACAGAAGUACAUCGGAGACUUAAUGUCCACGUCUAAGAUUACAUCUACUGGUGCUGGGGGCAGAAAGAAAUAG